GUGUUAUUGAAACAAGAGACGGCCACAGCAAGGGAAAGCGAGAGGGGUUUUUAUAACCUGCUUCUUUUCGAAGAAACGUUUCCGCUGGGAAAGUGAUUAUAGUCUCUUUCGCGUGGGAAGAUCGGGACAAGUGCAAACUUGACUCCCUGAAGCUCUUAACCCCCUAAUUCCUCCCGAGCAGACCUUGGGCGUCUGCUUCCAUUUGUUUCCCAGGAUUAAAACAGGAUCCUCCCAGCGGUGCCCUCUCGCCAAGAACUUCCAGGUCAGCUGGAAGGCGUCCAUAGGAUUUCGGAAGGCCGGGAAGCGGGAGGGGUCUCUAUAGGGAGAACCAUUCUCUGCUUUCCACAUUAAAUCGCUGGCGGUGGGUCCUUCCGUGGAGGGAGGGAAGUGCAGUUUACAGGCUGUGCUGGGAAGGCAGCGGCGCUGGAGGAGCUGCGAGAAAAGCGUUGCGCGGAUCCUGCCCUGCGCGCCUGUCUUGCGGAAUGGAGCCCGGCCGAAGGGCAGACAGAUCCACCUUUCCCUGCGCCCGAGGAGUCUUCUAUGGACAGGAUAUGAAAUCGGAUGUCCCGGUUCUGCUUGGAUUUCCUGGUGGUGUGUGAUCCAUGCACGAUCCCGCUUCAAUUCGAAAUUGACAACAGGGGAGAGAUACUGCCUUUUACUGCAACGAACAGGAAGAGUGUGAUUGUCAAGCACCGCAGACCUGCGGAAAAUUUCUUAGGUGAUGGAUUCAAGAUAGUGGAUGCUGGCCAAGAGAUGGCAACACCUUUUCUAACAGCCAAAAAGGAAGUUGCUGAAAGGAUGAGUGAAAAGGAAAGGCCUGAAGAAAAGGAGUUAAUGGAGGAGCUGGGGAAAUACUCUAGUUCCCAAUAUGCAGAUAUCAGCGUUUUCUCGCACAAUGAUGAUGACCAAGAAAAAGGAGCAUGUCCAGGAUGCGGAAAAAUACUCAGAGGUGAAUUGGGAUUCUGUGACUGUUAUACAAGCCAUCCCCUUACAUUCCAUAAAAACAUUCCCAAAACAGAGGAUCCAUACCAACACCUGGAAUUUGGGGAAAACAUCAGUCAGAAAAAUCACCUGAAUUCACAUCAGAGUGUCCACGAAGAGAGGAAGCAGGAUCAAUGCAUCACCUGUGGAAAGAGCUUCAAAACCAGCUCAGCCCUUAUUUCCCAUCAAAGAAUCCAUAGAGAGGAGAGGGUUUAUCAAUGCAGGGAGGGUAGAACAAGGUUUCCUUGGAGCAAGGAACCAAAUUCCAGGGAAAAAAGCCCCACUGGGAAUAAUUCAUGUAAAUGCCUGGAAUGUGGAAAGAGCUUCCGCUCUGCAACUCACCUCACUUUCCACAAUAGGAUCCAUACAGGGGAAAAGCCAUAUCAUUGCACAGUAUGUGGAAAGAGCUUCACUCAAAAUGGCAAUUUCAAUUUACAUAAGAGGGUCCACACCGGAGAGAAGCCGUAUAAAUGCACAGAGUGUGGAAAAUGUUUCAAGGCCCCAGGUGCCCUUACUCAGCAUAAAAGGAUUCACACAGGGGAGAAACCCUAUGAAUGCUUGGAAUGUGGAAAAAGCUUUAACAGAAACUGCACUCUAACCAUACAUAAGAGGAUACAUAAAGGGGAGAAACCGUAUAAAUGCCUGCACUGUGGAAAGAGCUUCAGUCAAAAAGUUCACCUUAAGUUACACGAGAUGAUCCACACUGGAGAAAAACCAUUUCAAUGCAUGGAGUGUGGAAAGAGCUUCCAUUCCUCCAGAAAUCUUACUUCCCAUCACAGAAUCCACACAGGGGAGAAGCCCUUUCAAUGUUUCCAGUGUGGAAAGCGCUUUGCCAGUUCUGGUGGCUUUCAUGCCCACGAACGGACCCACACAGGGGAGAAACCGUACAAAUGCCUGGAGUGUGGAAAGAGCUUCCGUAAAUCCAGCCACCUAACUUCUCAUAGAAGUAUCCACACUGGAGAGAAACCCUAUCAAUGCUCUGAAUGUGGGAAGUGCUUCAGUCAAACAAGUCACCUUAAUAUCCAUAAAAGGAUCCACACAGGGGAAAAGCCCUAUAAGUGCACCGAAUGUGUCAAAUGCUUCACCGACUCAGGGGCCCUCGUCCGCCACAAAAGGAUGCACUCUGGAGAGAAACCAUUUGAAUGCAAGGAAUGUGGAAAAAGCUUCAGUCAAAAAAGAACUUUCAUAAUACAUUACAGAAUCCACACUGGAGAGAAACCAUACAAAUGCACGGCAUGCGAAAAGAGCUUCAGUGAUCCUCAAGAACUUGCUUCCCAUGAAAGGAUCCACACUGGGGAAAAACCCUAUAAAUGUCUGGUGUGUGGAAAGGGCUGUAGGACCACCAGUGAUCUUAGUUCCCAUAAGCGGACCCACACAGGUGAAAAGCCCUAUCAGUGCGGUGAGUGUGGAAAGUGCUUUAGUCAAAACAGUUCCCUUAAUAGCCAUAGAAGAAUGCACUCGGGAGAGAAACCAUAUAAAUGUAUGGAGUGUGGAAAGUGCUAUACACAUAGCAGUGCUCUUAAUUACCAUAGGAGGAUACACACAGGUGAGAAGCCACAUAAAUGAGUUGAAUUUAAAAAAAGUAAUUAGUUAGAAUCAGUCACGUAUUAUCCAUAGAAAGAUUCACUCACUGUAGAAGCCAUGAAAUGUAUCAAACCUGGAAAGAGCUGUAUUUGAAAUAUUUUGCUUAUUUUUCUUGCAAAAGAAUUUACUCAUUGGAGAAACCUCGUGAAUGUCUCAAAGUUAUAAAAGUGCUUCGGUGCCUCUUGUUUGCCUAUUUGCAUAAUACUAAAGGAGCUUCAUUCAGAAGAGUGAACUCAUAAAAGUAGCCACUUGGAAGAGUGGCCAUAUACAUAUCUGUAGUGUGAAAAGAACUUCAGUGGUUCCAUUUCUGGUCACAACGUCAAAAUGGAUAGGUAGUGGAUUAAGAUUAGUAAAAAAUGAGUUAAGAGCGAAGGAAGGGAAAGAGAAGGAAUAAAAUGGUCAGCCAAAUGAAGGAAUUUAUAGGACACCUUUGGAAGAGCUUCAAGUUACUAUAAGAGGGAGGCCAAAAUGUUGUCUGUGUAAUAGAUAUAAUAUAGCUUGCCUUAAUGGAAUGUAACUAAGCAUAUGUCCCAAAUAUAAACAUGCAGUGAAUAUUGGAAAUACCCAGGUUUUAUUAAACCAUUACCAAAUGGAAAGUAAGGUUUUUUUUCCUUCCUAAAAUUUACCUGUGAAUUGGGUUGAGGAUGCCAACUUACAUUGUUGGGAACAGACAUCUGUGCUGAUUAGGAAUUGAAACUAAUAAAGGAGAGAAGCAACCUAGAACCAAGAAGAAAUUUCCUGACGGAAAAAUUAGCCAGUGGAACAACUUGCCUCCAGAAAUUUUGAAUUUUCUAACACUGGAAAUUUUAAAGAGGAGAUUGGACAACCAUUUGGGUUUCCUGCCUAAGCAGGGGGUUGGGCUAGAAGACCUCCAAGAUCCCUUCCAACUCAUUCUAUUCUGUUCCUAUCCCUAUUCUAUUCCUUCCUAAUAUAUUGGGUUGAGGAUGCCAACUUACAUUGUUGGGAACAGACAUCUGUGCCGAUUGUGGAUGGGCAAA